AUGGCUUCACGAUUUCCACGCCAGCGUGAUCCACGCGCAUCCUCCUCCCUCUUCGAUUCCUACGGUGGCGAGUCCCGCCCAGCUAGCAGAUCACCUGCCCCCUCAGGCGGAUAUGGAUAUGGGGGUUACUCGAGUCCAGCAGGGAAUGGGUACGGCAAUGGCAGCCUUGGGGCUGGAUUCCGGAGUGGAACACCUGAUAAGAAAGGCCACUAUUCAGAUGCUGUUCUCUCGUCGCUUGAAUCACAAAACGAUGCUGAAGUAGAAGGCAUCACGGCCAAGGUGAAGAUGCUGAAAGAUCUCACAUUUGCGAUUGGUGACGAAAUCCGCGAUACUACCCAUAUGACCGAUCUUGAGAGUUCAUUCGAGAACACCCGAGUCAGGCUUCGGGGAAACAUGAACCGUAUGCUCCGCAUGGCAGAGCGCACUGGAGUUGGGUGGAAGGUUUGGGUUGGGUUCUUUUUCGCCGUGUUCUUGCUGUUCUUCUACGUCUGGAUAUCUUGA